CCCCUAUGUAUGCAGUUCCAGCAUAACUGAGACCAAUGUAGUCAGCUGCUAGUGCCUACAGUGAUUGAUAGAAAUUCUGUCCCACUGACAAGGUGCAAAUACUUUACUUCUGUUGGACUAUGUCUUUACAAAGAAGGUGACACAAAGGCUGAAGCAUUCUGAGCUUAAAUACCUAAUUGUUUGCUUUUCACCCUUAGGACUACGUGCUGGCUGUAGAUGCUUACCACUCUGUCAUCAAAUAUUACCCACAGCAAGAGCCUCAGUUGCUGAGUGGAAUUGGAAGGAUUUUCCUUCAGAUUGGAGACAUAAAAACUGCAGAAAAAUAUUUUCAAGACGUUGAGAAAGCAGCUCACAAAUUGGAUGGACUACAGAGCCAAAUUAUGGUUUUAAUGAACAGAGCAUUUCUCCACCUUGGUCAGAAUAAUUUUGCAGAAGCUCAUCGAUUUUUCACAGAAAUUUUAAGGAUCGACUCAUCAAAUGCUGUGGCUAACAACAAUGCUGCUGUUUGUCUUCUUUACCUGGGGAAACUGAAGGAUUCCCUGCGGCAGUUGGAAGGAAUGGUUCAGCAGGACCCUCAGCACUACCUACACGAGAGUGUCCUCUUCAACCUGACUACUAUGUAUGAACUGGAGUCAUCUCGCAGUAUGCAGAAGAAGCAGGCACUUCUGGAGGCUGUAGCUAUCAAAGAGGGCGAUAGCUUUAAUACUCAGUGUCUCAAGUUAGGAUAGAUCAUUUCCAACUAUUUUUUCCAGCAAGGCUGAUUUUUUAAAUUGUAUAUACUCUCACCAAUGUGUAAAUGUGAAAUAAAAUCUAUUCAAUUAUGAAUAUUCAGUGGCAUUACUACAGAACCCCUCAUCUCUAACAGGCCUGUCAUUGCAAAAACUGUGCUGACUUAGAGCCAGCUUCAUCCCUACAGGUCUGUUACUGUCCAGUUACUCCUCAUU